UGUCGUCAUCUGUCCCGACGAGCCUCACGUUUUCCCACCGUGACCUCAGCCUACAGAGAGCAGCGGGAGACGGCAGCAGACAUGGCCGGAAUCGAGGAGCUUUCCCCCUCAGCGGGCCCGGUGUCCACCCGGCCCCCCGAGGACGAGAUAGACGAUGAUGAAGAUGAAGAUCUGGAUGAGACACUGAUGGAGAGGUUGUGGGGCCUGACAGAGAUGUUCCCUGACACAGUUCGCAAUGCUGCUGAGAUGUCUGCACAGUGCUCCGUCUCACUGGCUAAGAAGUUUUACAGUUUUUCCCGCUCUGCACUCUGGGUCGGUACUACCUCCUUCAUGAUCCUGGUGCUGCCUGUUGUGUUUGAGACAGAGAGACUACAGCUGGAGCAGCAGCAGCUACAACAGCAGAGACAGAUCCUGUUGGGGCCCAACACUGGAAUGUCUGGUGGGAUGCCGGGCAUGAUGCCUCCUGCACCUGGCAAGAUGUGAGACACUGAAAGGGCAACCUGAGAUCUACUGCUAGCGAUACAGCGAGUCCGGCCGCGAGGAGAGACAGAGAGACCACCGAGAAGAGCGACAAAAAAAAAAAAAGAAUCUGUGUGUCAAAUGCAUGAGGAUCACUCCAGCAUAUUGAAGAUGGAGGAUGUGUUUCUCUCUCACUGUCUCUCCUUACUCCAACAUCAUGCAGAGACUUAUUUCCAGGAGCACUGCUUCAAUUUUCUUUUUUUUUAAUAAAUACAAACAUAAAUAAUGUUUUCUUUAGGAGGUAAGCAGGUACAAGUGGAUAAAUUGAAAGAAAAAAUUGUUAGUGUAUGUCACGGUGUUUGCAGUUAGAAGAACGUCACUAAACUUACAGUAUGUUUGCAGUUUGAUCAUGAGUUCGCCGGCUCCACUUUUGUGUGGAGAAUUACGCUACAGAAUAUCUGACAGGCAGGUCCGCCGCACACUGCAUGGACCCUGUGGAGCAGAAUGUUGCUGAUAUUAAUGUUGGUCAACAGAACGGCCUCUUAGAGCAAAAUGAGUCUUUUCUAUGUGCUGAGUUUCUGUCUGUACGUCCGUCACGGUUCAGAGUUGUACUGUGUGUGUAUGUCAGAGUGCAAUGCCUCAUUUCACAGUUUUUGGUUUUAAGCAGUGGAUUGUAUAAUGCAACAACACCAGAUUCCACGCUGUUCAAUGAUUGUGUCUUUAUCCAUUCAUAGCACAUUAUGUGAUAAGUCAAAUUAUUUUGUCGCAUAAGGCAGGAGAAAUUAUACGGUUUAGGACAAAUGUGGUUUGUGAUGGUCGAUGAAGAUUUGAUGCUAAAUAUCCCAAUCUUACAUUAGAAUGUUAUUUUCUAUUAUCUGUUAUCACCGAUGUGAAUCUACAAUCUCUUACCUCUGUUCAGUAAGCAAACUUCACGUCUCUGUUUUGUGUUCAACAUGACUGCGGUAAUUAAAACACCAAAUCUAAUGGAAA